GUGGGCACAGCCUUCUACCGCCGACCUCCUCGUGAUCGAGUCACGCAGCAGGUGAAGGAUCUCCCUGUCCUUUUGGCUUCUGAUCUCGCAAGGUCCACAGAGACUGGAGAUGGUCAGCAGUGGUCCCAGUCGGGUUUGGUGAGACUGGAAGGUCACCUGGUACUGGAUGCAGCGGCGCUCACAGGGCCCUUCUCUGAUAAGACCUGCGUCUUCUACAGCGCCUCAGUCUCUCACCCGCGACACGACGAGAUUCGACAGCCUCCAGUGGCCUUCAGCACCAAACAGACCAAGUUUAGCCUGGAAUUGCAGGACGCGCCAGGUGUUCGCAUUGGAGUCACUGGGGACGUGUCGCUUUUCAAUAUGCAGACAGGGCAGGAAGAGUGGCAACACGCUUUCACUGAAGCGCCCAAAAACUGGUGCAGCUUCGUAUUGAACAACCUGGUGUCCUCUACCGAUGCCAGCGUUCACUUCAAGAAGUGUUUGGACUUGGGCUCUGAUGGAGUCAUCCUGGACUUUCGAGAGUCAGCACUGCUCCUGGGGAGCCAUGUCUCCUGUGUCGGCCAGGUGGUAAAAGAUGCAAAUGGCAGGUGGUCGCUCCGUCCCUGGCAACCUCCAGCUGGACAGAGCAAGCGAUGGGGCGCUGCUGGCGCCAUGUGGAGUCGAAAAGAUUGCCUUGCAGGCAGCAUUCUGAUCAGCGACAACCCGGAUCUCUAUCCCUGAAAAGUUACAGCCAACCACGGUGGAA